AACCUCACCUUACCCCUUUAUAUACACUUGCCAAUUGCAGUUGUAAAAGACUUCUCAGACUCUUGACAUCCCGUCUCUUUCUUGUCAACAACUCUCAUUAUUUUCUGAACACUAUUCAAAAUAUUUUAAUUUCUUGAUAAUUCUCAUCUUCUUUGUUUCUUGAUUUAUGGAAAAGGGAUGGGGUCUCACCGUUGAAAAAUCUGAUCCUUUUACUAAUAAGCCUGUUUUUGGAUUUAAUUUAAGCCCAAGGUUGAAUCAAAGCCCGGGAAUUAUGUUUCCUGUGAAUCUAAAUGGCAGGGAGGAGCGGGUGGCUCCACCGCCGGCCGAUGAUAAACGGGUCUUUUUAGGUGAAGUAGACUUUUUUGCAGAUAAGAGGAGGUCUACAAACGAUACUUUUGUAGUGAAGAAGGAAGAUGUUGAAGCUGCUACAAGGGAUUUGAAUGUCAACACUGGUUUGCAACUUCUUACUGUUAACAAUGGAAAUGAUCAAUUAACGAAAGAUGAUGGGAUUUCAUCUGACAUCAAAGAUAAGAAAGCAAAAAAGGAGCUAGCAGAAUUGCAAGAUGAACUUGAUAGAAUGAACGCUGAAAAUCAGAAGUUAAAAGGGAUGCUUUCUCAGGUCACCAGCAAUUACAGUACGUUGCAGAUGCAUCUUAUCACAUUAAUGCAACAUCAGAAGAAUUCAGAAACAGAAAGCUCACUAGAAAACCAGACUGUAGAUGGAAAAUUCGAAGAUAAGAAUCAAGAAAAUAGAGGAUCAAUAGUUCCAAGACAGUUCUUGGAGUUGGCCCCAGGUGAUCCAGAAUUAUUUCAUUCUUCAUCAGAAGAAAGAACUAUAUCUGGAUCGCCGGCACAAAACAAGAAAAUGAUUGGUAGGGAAGAGAGCCCAGCAUCUGAAGAUUGGGCUCCUAAUAAGGCCCCCAAAUUAAAUCCCUUCAAGCCUGCUGAUCAACCCACAGAGGCUACGAUGAGAAAAGCUCGUGUUUCAGUUCGGGCAAGAUCCGAAGCUCCUAUGAUUUCGGAUGGAUGCCAAUGGCGAAAAUAUGGACAAAAGAUGGCAAAAGGAAAUCCUUGUCCACGAGCUUAUUAUCGUUGCACAAUGGCAGUAGGCUGUCCAGUGCGCAAACAGGUUCAAAGGUGUGCUGAGGAUAGAUCAAUCUUGAUUACAACCUACGAAGGAACCCACAAUCAUCCACUUCCACCGGCCGCCAUGGCCAUGGCGUCAACAACUUCAGCCGCGGCUAGUAUGCUCCUUUCAGGCUCAAUGUCUAGCGCAGAUGGGUUAAUGAAUCCGAAUUUUCUUGCAAGAACCAUUCUUCCAUGUUCAUCAAACAUGGCUACUAUUUCAGCCUCGGCUCCAUUUCCAACAGUCACAUUAGACCUUACGCAGCAACCCAACCCUUUGCAAUUCCAAAGACCGCCACCCACUACCCAAUUCCAAGUCCCUUUUCCCGCGGCUCCACCGCCGCAAAUGUCUCAAGUUUUUGGGUAUAACCAAUCAAAAUUUUCCGGGCUACAGAUGUCUCGGGACAGAAUUGAAGCUGCUUCAUUACCAAACGAGGAGCAGCAACACCCAUCCUUCACUGAAACCCUCAGUGCCGCCACCGCUGCCAUAACCGCGGAUCCUAAUUUCACUGCAGCCCUUGCCGCCGCCAUCACCUCCAUCAUCGGAGGCUCCAAUCCAAGUAGCGGCAAUAACAAUACGAUGGCAAACAACAAUAGUACCGACGUAAACACAAAUAGUAGCAACAAGACCAGCAGUUUUUCAGGGAGUUGAUGGAAGCAUGAUCCAGUUCCUUUGUCUUUAGCAACUGCUUUUUUACACUUGUAUCAAAUAGUUUUGUUGAUUAAUUCUUCUUUUCUUGGGGGUUCAGAAGGAAUUUAAAAUCUUCGUAUAUAUUUUUGUAAUGGGGUGGAGGGUUUAUUUCAUGGUACACAAAAAUUACAUUUUUUAUAUUGUUUUAUUCAGAAUAAAUGUCAUUCCAAUAUUAACAAAAGAGAGAA